GGUACCCUACGCACCACAACCCACACUCAUCGCCGCCCGCAUAGCCGGGGGGUGACCCCCGGCACCAGCGCACGUCACCCGCCGUCUGGUGGACACCGUCAUGUCUGCCUGAGGCGCUGCCUCGGAGUCCAUAGCCCUUGCCCCAAACAAAGGAGUGGCCGAGAACCUCGCUGCCACCUCCACCGGCGGCCAACAAUGUCUACUACAGAAGAUGAUGUCAAAAAAAAUCUACUACAGAAGAAAAAAAAGACCAUGACUAAAAAGGAUUACAUCAUGUGAUUUACAUGACUUAAUCACAUAAUCUAUUAUUAUCCCUAAUCAACCUCUGCGCACAUCCAUCUAAAAACAUACUCCGGGGUGCGAGCAUGGAGGAGGCUGGGAGCGACGAUCGCAUCAGCGGCCUCUCCGACGACCUCCUGCGCGACAUCCUCCUCUGCCUCCGCUCGCUCCCCGCCGCCGCGCGGACCGGCAUCCUCUCCCGCCGCUGGCGCCACGUCUGGACCAGCAUCCCCGAGCUCGUCAUCGACGAGCUCCACGUGGCGGGCCGGCCGCCGAGCUCCUUCCUGCGCGCCGUGGAAGGCGCCCUCGCCGCCUACUCCGCCUCCAACGUCGACGUCGCCGCGCUCACCAUCGCCGUGCCCGACGUCAGGCUCUGCCGAAUCGAAGCUCGCCGCGUCUCCUCGUGGCUGCGCGUCGCCUCGGAGCGCGUCGCCGGCACGCUGUCCCUCGCCCUGCCCCGCUCAGAGCCCAUCACCAUCACCCACGGCCACGGACAGGAGGUCGAACUGCCCCCGUGCGGGAGGGCGACGGAGAUCGCGCUCUCCCUCGCGGGGGCGUUCGUGCUCCGGCUCCGGCCGGCGGCCUCGUUCGCGGCGCUCACCGUGCUGACGAUACAGUCGGCCGCCAUGGACGGGCGGGAGCUCGGGGCGUUCGUGUCGUCCAUGUGCCCGCGCCUGACGGACCUCACCCUGCGCGUCAGCCUCGUGGCCUGCUCGGACGUCUCCAUCCGCUCCGCCUCUCUCAGGCGCCUAGAGUUCGGGGCCGGGUGCGCCCAGCGGCUCGGGGUCGCCGCCCCCAUGCUCGAGGUGCUCGUCGCGUCUUUCCUCCACCACGCUCACAUCUCGGCCCCGAGGCUCGCCGAGGCCAAGGUCCAGCGCCUGCACCGGCACCACUUCGCCGACGACGUGCCUCGUCGUCUCCGGCGGCUGGACAUCACGCAGCUGUACCUAAACGCGGUGGCGCCCCCGAGGGCGCGGCGGUUCGAUGCGGUCGACGAGCUGAGAUUGUCUGCCCUCAUUGUACGUCCAGUUAAUUGGCUUCUGUACCUAUGAAUCCAUGGAUUGUUUGAUCAAACGAUGCGUGUCAAUUGGUCCUUUGAUUUUGAUGAUUCGUUUUUGUGCUUCCGAUUACUGUUUUUCAGGGAAUGGAGGGGUAUACUAGCUUCUUGGACGAUGUAAACAAUCUUCCCGUGUGUCAGACCGUAUUAUCGGUAUCGUUAACGGGGGAUCACCACGGCUUUGUUCCAACCAUGCUGCAUCUCCUCAGGAGAAGCAAAGCUAUAAGGAAGCUUGUGCUGGAGACAUACACUCAGAUGGAAGAUCCAUGCUCGACGGCUUGUCCAUGUCGCUUGCCGGAGAGUUACAGAGCCAACAAUAUGACCCUCGAUUCACUUGAAGAGAUAGAGAUCAAUACGUUCAUGGGAGAAGAUGACCAGGUGGAAUUCUUAGAGAUGCUAGUAUCCAGAUGCAGUGCAACAAGACCUAUAAAUGUGGCGCUCAACAAGUCGUACCUUGUUCCUUUACCAACCGAGAAAGUUUCAGAGAUGAUCCGCAGCAUUUCUCGUCCG